CGGAAGUAUUUUUGUUGCAUUGUUAGUCAGUUCAAUAAACCACAAAUGUCACCUGAAUGUAAAGUGACACAAUCAUUACAGGUGUUACAAAGGAUAUAUAUAUUUCUAAACCUAAUACAUAGAGAAGAGAACCAAGAAUGCCUUCAUCAUUAAACAGAAGUCGCCCGCUGAGACAAACCUGUCCUAUAACUAGAAAGGAAAGCGAACAAUUAUUUGAUUUUUUUCUUCAUCUGCCAUCAAAUCCGACAGAAGAGGAAAACCCGACAAAUGAUAAUUGUUUGAAUCCCGUUGAAAAAGAGGAAUGUAGCUGUAUUGAGGAGCUUCCUGAAUUCAAGCGUUCUGAUAGUUACAGGAAAGCUACACAAAGAUUUUCGCUCGAGGAUGUUGUAGAAACAAUGACUUUUAAGAAAGAGGAUUAUGAUCAUAAGAAAUAUAAGUCUUUGCCAAUUGACAGAACAUCGAAGAUCACUCAUACUGAAAACAAAUCAAAGUUGCAAGUAGGGAGAAAAAAUAAACUUAAUAGGCAGAAAUCUGGCACUGUUCCAUCGUCUGAUAGUGACAAUAACACAAAUCCACCUGAAAAUCGAAAGAAAAAAAGUGUCGUGCAAAGGACUAAGGAAAGAAUCAUAUUCAUACUCUGGAAAGAUAAGAAACAUGGCGAUAAAAAGAUAUCAAAGGAAUCGAAAAGGACACCGACCCUUCGUCGUGGUAAUGAUAUUGUACUGAGAGUUAACAACAAUAAAGGUCAAAUAAAAACCACAUCAAACGAUGCUGAGAUUAUCGAACGAAAGAAAAAUAAUAAUAGUAUCAAAGCAAGAACGUCUGAAUAUUGCAAAGAAUCUCAUUCAAACCAACAAAGUCCAGCUGAGAUUAUGGCUCCAAAUUAUAAGUCGCCCGCGCGUGACAGAAGAUACAAAACUCAAGUCUCACGUGAAGAAAUUACUAAUAUGUUCGAAAAAUGCCUAUCGUCUGCCGAAGUUAAAGAGGAACCAUACAAAUUUCCCGCUAAAAGGGUUCUUCACAAAAGAAAAGAUGUCAGUCCAGUGAGAGAUAUUUCAUACGCUGAUGGAAUUAAAGAUAAGAAAUCUGGACUUAAACUAGACCUAGGUCCUUUUACGAAUGGUUUUACAGUAGAAUCACAUACAACAGUAAUUCAGGAGAACAAAACCAUAGUAAAUGACGGAACAACGCGGUCUUUGUUAACAGAUAGAAGGACAAUUCAGAGAACUUUCUCUUUGGAAGUGGAUGGUGGUAAUGAUGAUGAAGUUGAUGGUCCAAUGGGUUCUACUUUGAAAGAGGAAGGUCGAUUACAUACAGGAGACGAAUCACAGGAGCCGUUAACACCGUCAGAGCAGGAAAAAAUGAUAGAAGAAAUAGCUAGAAGAUUAAAUAGAAUAGCUGACGACUGUGUCCAGCGCAUGGAAGCUGGAGGAACUUCACCCCUCCAAGGUGCAACUGCUGGACCAUUGUUGUCACCCGCGUCUCAAGGUAGGAAGCUUGCCAAAGACUUAGUGGAUGAACUAAGAAAGGAAGGGGACAGAUUAUCCCGAGAGAUGAAUUUGCCUGCUAAUCUUUUACCGAUAGUAAUGGACAUGGUCAAGCAAAUAACCUACGACCAUUUUAAAGACUUAGUUAAGAAGGCUUUGUGCGAGACGAUAGGCUGGGACCAGGUUGCUUUGUAUUUUUACAUAUCUAAAGCAGCUAUUGUUAUGGCCGGGGCUGGUGGAAGUAUUGCCUGUAAACUAAAAGACAUGGCGGUUAGAUAUUUCCACGAGGAAUUAUCUCCAUGGAUAUAUGAUAGAGGGGGAUUGGAAACUAUGCUAGAAGAAACAGAUUCGGAGGUUGACUGACAAAGGCUGUGAUUAGUUAGAAUUUGAACUGAUCCUAAAACGGACAAAGCAGUGCUCUACAGUUCUGAAAACGGGACAACUGCAUAUGUCUGCGACCUCCGUCGGUUAGAUAGUAACCUGAAUAAUGUGACAUUGAGACAUUUAACCAUGAUUUGGUAUUGAACCAGUAUUUUACUCAGUGAUGUUGUAUGGCUUUAUGACAAUGGAAGUCCGCGGAAUUUUUCUCACCGAUGGUGUAUGGCAUUUAAGUUGUAGCAAUCAUGUUUCUCAGCGAUGGUUUAUGGCAUUAAAGUUAUAGGCAAUCCUGUUUCUCAGCGAUGGUGUAUGGCAUUUAAGUUAUAGCAAUCAUUUUACUCAGCGACGCUGUUUGAUAUUCAGUCUAUAGUAAUAAUUUUAUGUGCAAUAUUUUUUUGUCUCAAUAAGAUGAUCUCAGCGUUAAUGUAUGUAAUGUUUUGUAUGUUUCCUAUUUACAUGUAUAAUUUAUUUGAUUUAAUGAAAUGCCUUCACUGUGAUGAUUUAAAAUGUAUUAUGAAGAAAUAUGUACAAAUUAUAUUGGAUUGGUUUGAAUAAAUCCUUUUAAACACUC